AUGACAGUAUAUACACAUGUUCUAACACACGGAGGGAUAAAACCCACUCCGAAGGAGAAACAGUCUAAGGGACGUACAGUUUUGUUCUAUGGGUUCUGUGAGUAUGCCAAACUGUACGUCAGGCUCUUUGAUCAUCAAGUGAGCCACGGAUAUGAAGUGUUCUUCUUUGAUCAGAGAGGCUCAGGCCGGGCCUCUCUAGGAAAACAAGGAGUCACCAAGGUAGAGUGGGUGAUGAACCACCUGGACUUCUUCUUGGAGAAGAACAUCGCUGAGAUGGAUCCUUAUGAGUCUAUCAUCUUAGAACACUACUCAGACCGUGGUGUUGGUCUUGACAACGGAAUCCGUGGCAAAACAUUUGGUGAAAUAAGCAAUGUUUCCACCAUUGGAACAUUAAUUCAGCUAGUAAUGCUCAAGGAUGAAGCCGAUGGCACAACCACACAUGAACAGACUACCAGUGAUCUACAAUGUGUGAGCUACUAG